CGCCAUUGGCCGGACCUUGGCCGGACGACGUAGAAUAGAUUUGAAUCUUCCUCGUCCGGGGGACAUCGAAUGCGGCUCUUUUCAAGCAAACUUCCUGAAAUACAUGCCACAUGCAUACAAUCUAGUCACCAUAUGACCUAGAAGCAUUGAUUGCUGAGCAGAAAAACAGUACACUGGAGAAACAGCCAUGUCCUGGCUCAGUGGCCUGGCUUCCAGGACUGAGAACCUGCUGAAUUCCCUGGACGAAAGUGCAGCAUCUGUCUUGACCAAAGCAAAGACUGCCAAUGGAGUUAACUCCAAGCCAUCUUACCGCUAUGACACAGAGAGUGUGUCACCUAUGCUGGCGGCGUCGCCCCGCGCGGCUCUGUCCCAGCCGACGCCGGCACGCACCCCGUCCCACGGCAGCGCGCCGGCCGCCUCCCCCAGCCGCCGACCGGGCCGGGCCGACCCUGAGGAGCAGCUGAUCGCCUUCCUCAACGACUCGUCCACGCCGGCGAAACCGUCGUCGGGUCACUCGCGUCAGUCGAGUGUCUCCUCCGUGGUGUCCGUCGGGAACUUCCUCUCGGUGGCCUCCGGACAGGAGACCGCACCGACCCCGCCCGCUCCGGCCGCCCCGGCCGACACAGCCAUCUCCAUACCGACCGGUGGCGCCCCUAGCGUCGAGAACGGGAACCACUCCGAGUCGGAUCAGCUCCGCAUGCUGCAGCGGGAGAUCUCCAACCUGAACCGGGAGAUGGCGCAGUUGCUGCAGCGCGCCAAACUCGGCGAAAAGGAGUGCACCAAGCUCAAGUACCAGCUGUCGACUGCCAACUCUCAGGUUACAGAGACGGAGCGCCAGUGUCGCCACCUACAGCAGCGAGACGCCGACCUGCAGGAGUCACUGAAGGCUAAGGACGGCCAGCUGGCCCUGCUCAAGGUGCGCCUGGACGAGGCGGACGGGGAGCUGCGCAGCCGUCAAGCGGCCGUCGACAGGCUACAGCUGGAAAACGACAGGAUCCUUCAGUCGUCCAGUGACACGUCCGGUCAGCAGUCUGGCACCAUCCAGGGACUCCAGGACCGGCUGCACGAGGCGGAGGCGCGCAUACGACAGGAGCAGCACGCGCUGACUGCCGCACAGCAGGGCCACGAUCGCAGACUGGAGCAGCUGUGUGCGGAGCGGGAGACGCUGACGUCCGAGCUGACCUCAGCGCGUCAGCAGCUGCAGCAGCAGCAGAGCAGCGGGGCCGAGCUGCAGCGGCAGCUGGCCGACAGCCGACAGCUGGCCCAGAGCACCGCCGCAGAGCUGGCAGAGUACAAACUCAAAGCCCAGCGCAUCCUGCAGUCGAAGGAUCAGCUGAUAUCGCGCCUGAAGGAGGGCAGUCAUGGCGGCUCGGACGGAGACAGCAGCGAUCUGGUUCAGGCCGAGCUGGAACAAGUGCGCUCCGAGCGGGAGCUGGCGCAGACUGAAGUGCACAAACUGGCCGUUAGGGUGCAGCAGCUGCGGGACGAGCUGCAACAGGUCGAGUCGGCCGCCGCGGAGGAGGCGCAGGCGGCCGGCGAGGCGCUGCGCGAGGCUGAGACUCGCGAGGCGGCCGAGACGAGACUCCGUCAGGAGCUGGAGAAGGAGCUCGAGUCGGCUCAACAGGAGCUGCGCUACAUGCGCGAGGACAUGGUGCAGCAGAAGACGCAGGCGCUGACACGGCUGCAGGAGCGAGACGUCGAGAUCGAGAAGCUGAGGCGGCAGAUCACCUCUAAGCACGUCGCCAGCAGUACAGAGGUGGAGCUAGAGACCCGUCUGAGGUCACUGACGGAGGCGCUGAUACAGAAACAGACCAACAUCGAGUCCCUGAGCACGCAGAACAAGUCGCUGCAGCUGCAGCUGGAGCGGUCGCAGACCCAGGUACGGGAGCUGGAAGGGUGCGCUCCGCCGCCUUCGGAGCGGGCUCCGUACCACUCGGAGGUCGGCUCCGACUCGGUCCGGCUGCGUACACCCACCUUCCUGGCCGAGACGCCGUGGGACGGCAGCGUCACCAGAAGAGUGAAGCGCGCCUACUCCAGCCUGGACGCCUGCUCCGUCAGAAUGGGCGUCUUCCUGAAACGGUAUCCCAUAGCGCGCAUCUUUGUGCUGGGGUACAUGUGUCUGCUGCAUUUGUGGGUGAUGAUCGUUCUGUUCACCUACACACCCGAGAUUCACGGCGAGGACUUCCAUCGCACCUUCAGCCCCCAGCCGUGAGUGUGAGAAGUCGGACCCCGUGCCUCAAACCAGCCUCACUCGGCCAGGAACGGACGUGGCAGGCUGCAGCUGCGGCGAAGUCGACGCUGUCUGCUUUGCGAAUACCACGCUGUUGAGUGCACUGCUACGGUAAUUCUGGAAGCUGCUGUCGUUGGUAGGCUGGUUUGAGCGUGGAGGGUAGAACACGUGAAGAAAUGGGUAUUAUGCCAGACACACAGAGCAGCUGUGCUGUAUGUGUCGGUGUCACGGGAUUGUUACGGUGUCUGGUACGUUGUUACGGUGGAGUUUUGUUACGGUGGCGGAUGCUGUGAUGCUGUUCACGAUGUGGGGAAGGUGCAAGUGACUAACAUGUAAAAUGUAGUUUUUACUGGGCAUUGUCACGGGGACAAUUUUGUGCGCACGUUGUAAUAUGACUGCCCUCACGAUACGUCUAUGCUGUUUUGUAUAGCCUUGGCUGGCCGUUACUGAAAGGUGACUUCGUAAGCCUUCGCGACCACUCAGUUUUAUUGCACUAUUCACCAGUAAAACGCCUUUUGGGCGACGAACGAGCGAGCGAGAUAGUGAGCCCUGCACGUGCGGAAGGGCGAGAGGGUGCUUCCAACUGGCUUGCGCAAAGCACCCUUCUAACUGGUCGCUAGCGGUGUGCCAAAUUUGAACGCAAUCGGCCCAGCCGUUCCUGAGAUCUGGAAGCGGCAUUCUGCACGUGCGCACGUGCAAACGGGGUCCAAAAUGACUUUUGCACGGCACCCUACUAACUGGUCCCCAACUGUGUACUAAAUUUGAGCGCAAUCGGCCCAGCCGUUCUCGAGAUCUGGAAACGCCCCCUGCACGUGCGCACGUGCAGUAGCACCCUAACCGCAACACAUGGGAAUGCAUUGCCUGGUGGGUGCCUACCUGUAUGCCAAGUUUCAGCGAAAUCGCCCCAGUAAUUACCGAGUUACUGAAAUGGGAACAAAUUUGGCACCUCUUAUUGUUGUAUUUUGCACGUGCACUGGGGGUGACCCACAUGCAUCGAGAGUAUCCUAUUUUGGGUAGAAGGGAUGCUGCUACCCUAUAAAAAUUACCGCAAGUUAAUCGCCCAAGCGGCUGCUGAGAUAUGAGCCUCUCAAAAUCACUACUUUUGCAAAACAGCUUGAACACCCUUGACUUUUCACGUGCCACGUGCCACGACGGUCACUGAGAUGUAUCAAAAGUAGUCAAUUACGGGGUAGAAGGGAUGGGGCUACCCAACAAAAAAGACCGCAGGCCAAUCGGUCCAGCGGUUGCUGAGAUAUAAGCCUCUCAAAAGCGUUACAGGCCGGGCCGGGCCGCUCAUACUGAGAUUUUUCCGUUAUAUUGAAAAGACUCACUUCGCUCGCUGCGCUCGCUCGCUCGUAACAACUGUAUAGUGAGCCAUCUUUCCGUGGUCACCUUCACUGACUUCCUCUUUGUUAAGUUCUCUGUUCCGAGCACCAGUACGUAGAUGCUAUUCUAUCAUCACAAAUAGCACAGAGCAGUAGGUUCAGGAUUAUACUGAUAAUUGCCACAAAGUGAAGUGCCAAUCCGCCUGUAUAUCUACCGGAUAUUCUAGGUUUAAGCGGCGGAAAUUUGCCACAACCAAAGCGACGAUGCUCUACAGGGGCUACCUUUGAUGAUGGACUUUGUCAUGUGGUGCGUAUAACUCCUGCUGCCCCAUGCACUUUUUCUCUUCUGUUCGGUCACAAAGUUUACCCGAUAUUUUAGGACCUUAGGUCAUUCAUUCCAUUGUGGGCCACAGCAAUGUCAGUGUUUAUAGGUGCGGUAAGUGAUACGUGGCUGCAUUGGGUCACAAAAUGUUAUUUCUGAUGUUUGCAUAUUUAUUCGCGAUUGUAAGAACCCGUACGCAUGCGUUGUACGUAUGCCCAGCACUGUAUUAUGUAUAUGAAAGUUCGACCGAUGAAAAUAAACAUGUUUGCAAGA